GAUUUGGAGGAAGCCAAUCGCCGCCGUCAGCAGCUUAAAGAAUCUAUUUCCGAGAUGGCCAAGACCCUUUUCGAGCCCGUCAUAGAGAAGGCAGGUGCUGUUCGCGCAGAGCACGCUGCUUGCCUGGCGAGGCUCCAGCCCAAGCGCCGUCGCGGCAACGACGGCGAGGCCACCUCGACAGCAGCGCCAGCAGUGGGGGCCUCGGGUGCGGCUGCGGGCUCAUCACCGGUGCCUUCGCCAGAUGGAGACGCCAACGACUCGGGCAGCUCGCGUGCCCCUCGCGGGGUUUCGCAGGGUCUCUCGCAGCCCGCGGCCCAGCGUGCACGCCAGGAGGUCGGGCGCAUCGCGGCCAUGGUCGACAGACGGGCUGCGGAGUCGCUUGCUGGCGAGCCCAGUGACCGCG